AUGCACCGAACACUUAACAUCAAAAACAAACUUGGCUUCAUCGAUGGAACCAUCACCAAGCCACCAAACACUUCUGAUCCCCUCUAUGCUCCAUGGGAGUGCUGCAACGACAUGAUCAUAGCAUGGAUACAACAUUCGGUUAGCUCAGACCUUAGAUCGAGCAUUGCACAUGCCGAUACAGCUGAGAGUGUUUUGAAUGAUCUUAAGGAGCGUUUCUCCAUACAAAAUGCUCCUCGGAUUUUUCAACUUGCUAAAUCUAUUUUCUCCUCCACGCAAGACUCUGAUUCCAUCAGCCAAUACCACAACAAACUCAAAACAUUAUGGGAUGAACUUGAAAUUUGUGAGCCUAUGCCCACCUGCACUUGUGGUGCAGUCAAAACCUUGCUGGACUAUACCCAUACUCAUAAGCUGAUGCAAUUUCUUAUUGGUUUAGAUGAUUCUUAUGACUCUGUUCGUGCACAAAGUUUACUUCAGGAUCCUCUUCCACCUCUCAAUCGGGUUCUAUCACUUGUCCAACAAGAGGAGAGGCGACAACAACUGCACUCUAUUCCAACUCCACUUGCCAUGGCCACCAAGACCUCAGAAAUCCUGAACCAACGCCAUGAACGUCUGUUCUGCUCUCACUACAAUAUUCCUGGCCAUUCGUUGGAGCAUUGCUUCAAAGCAAAUCCGAAUUUACCAAUCUACUCCCAUUGUCACAUACCUGGACACAUGCGGGAAAAAUGUUACAAGUUGAAUGGGUUUCCUCCAGGACACAAGAACAGUUCCAAAUACAAAUCCAAUGCUAAUCAAUCCUCUCUUGUGCAGGAAGAAAUUAAUCAUGGUCCAUCUCUCACUCCAGAGCAGUACUCGCAACUCAUUGCCUUACUAAAUCCUACUUCCAGCAAUGCCAACACUCCUACUGCGAACAACGUCAAUGCCAACUCCCUUCCCAUGUUUGGGCUUUCCAUCCUAGAUGACGAUUGGAGUGGGGACGGUUUGUAA